UAGCAGCCAAUGAAGGGGAGAGAGUCGACCACCAAUCAACAAGCUAGACUGACUUCUUAUUGUUAGUUUCCAAGGUGGUCUGUGAUGAGAAGCAGCCCAUAGGACGCUUUGCAGACUGGGUGUCACUUACUUCCUGGUUUUGGAGAUUCAUUAACCACUGAAGUCUCUGUUCAUCAUCCCCGAUGGAGGAAACAACAGGUUAUGGCUUGAAUCUUUGCCUGCAAAUGCUCAGCAAUGCAGAGUUCCUGAGAUUUAAAUCGCUGUACAAGGAAGUGCAAGAGCAAUUUAAACUGAAGCCUAUGAUCCCUUGGACUACGAUUGAGAAGUCUUCAAGGAAAGACAUGGAAACACUGUUGCACACACACUAUCCAGGACUGGCAUGGGCCUUUGCAGCCAGACUGUUUGAUUGUAUCAAUAGGCAAGACCUCUUCAGAAUGACUGAGAAACUGAUGAGAGGUAAACAACGUCCAUACAGAGAGAUUAUGAAGACUAUAUUUAACUACAUAUGGACCAAGGAGAAUAACAUUUAUUUGAAAAGUUCAGACUUCAAAGUGUCAAUAAAAAGGCAGUACAGUGCAUUGAAAGAGGUAUUUGAUGAUCAGUUAAAACCAGUCACUUUAGUUGUCUUGGGCGAAAGCGGAAUAGGAAAAAGCACUUUCUUAAGAAGAGCAAUGUUGGAUUGGGCAUCAGGAGACUUAUGGAAUAACAGAUUUCACUAUGUUUUCUUCUUCUCUCUCAUCUCACUUAACAACACCACAGAGUUAAGCUUAGCUCAGCUCCUCUUAAGUAAGUUGUCUGAGUCUUCAGAGGCACUAGAUGAUGUCUUAUCCAACCCUAGGAGAAUCUUGUUUAUCCUAGAGGGAUUUGACUACCUGAACUUCGACUUGGAACUCCAGACAGACUUGUGCAGUGAUUGGAAGAAGAGUAUGCCAACACAAAUUGUCUUGCGUAGUUUGCUACAGAAAGUAAUGCUCCCAGAAUCCUCUCUGAUUCUUGAAUUGGGACCCCAAAGUGAACCAAAAAUCUAUCCAUUGCUGCGGUAUCCAAGGAAAAUAAUUUUGGGGGGAUUGCUUGACUCAGCUAUAAGGUUAUAUUGUUUGUUGUUCUUCGAAGUUAAUGAAGGCGUACAAGUCUUUAAUUAUAUAGCAGCCAAUGAACCAUUGUUCUGUAUAUGCAAAAAUCCUCAUCUAUGCUGGGUGGUCUGUAGUACUAUAAAGUGGAAGUGUGCCAGGAGAGAGGAAGCAAUCUUACCUUUUGACACAGAUUCAGCUUUGUAUGCAAGCUUUAUAUUGAGUUCAUUCAGAUCAAAGUAUGACAAAUGUCUACCUAAAGAGAAUAGAGCCCGAUUAAAGACCCUGUGUACUUUGGCUGUGGAGGGAAUGUGGAAACGGGUAUUUGUGUUUAACUCUGAGGAUCUCAGGAGGAACGGGAUAUGUGAAUCUGAGUUGACAGUGUGGCUACAAAUGAAUUUUCUCAAUACUCGAGGUGACUGCUUUGUGUUUUACAGUCCUACACUACAGUGGUAUUUCGGUGCCCUGUUCUAUUUCCUCAGAGAAGGCAAAGAGAAACAUAACCCCAUCAUUGGAAGCCUACCCCAACUUCUAAGUGAAAGUUAUGCUCAUAGUGAAACCCAAUUGUUCAUGCCUGGAAUGUUUGUGUUAGGAAUUGCAACUGAGAAUGUUGCUGCCAUGCUGAAUCCACACUUUGGUCUUAUACCAUCAAAAGCGAUGAGACAGGAAAUCUUCAAAUGCUUUAGAAGUUUGAGUCAAGGAGAAGGCAGGGAGAAACUGAUUCUCCUGAGGUUGUUUGAUGGCCUUCUUGAAAACCAGGAUGAACGAUUUGAAACACAAGUAUUGGAUCUAUUUGAAGAAAUGACUGUUCAUAUUGGUAGUCAUAAUGAAUUGUCAACUGCUACAAUUUAUCUGCCAAAAUCUAAAAAAUUAAAGAAACUUCAUAUGCAUAUAGAACACAGAAUUUUUUCAGAUGUCUAUAAGCCGGAAGACAGUGACUUGGAAGACUUCAUACAAGGGAAGAUCCGAGUAAACAAUGAAUGGAGGGAAAUAUGCAGUAUUUUCCAGAACUUGAAGGUGUUGGAUCUGGACAGCUGUAAUUUCAAUGAAACUGCGAUUCAGAAUCUUUGUCUAUCCAUAUCUGAUCCUAAGAUGCCUCUGAAUGCGUUUAAGCUCGAAAGCAUGUCCUGUUCCUUCAUGACGAACUUUGGAGACGGUGCCUUAUUUCCCACACUUCUUCGUCUACCUCACCUGAAAUCCCUGAAUCUCUAUGGCACUAGACUUUCCAGUGAUGUGGUUGGGAAGAUGUGCUCUGUGCUGCUGACAUGCCCAACAUGCAGAGUGGAGGAGUUGCUGUUGGGGAAAUGUGACAUCUCCAGUGAGGAUUGUGGUGUAAUUGCUACUUCCCUAACCAAAUGCAAGGUAAAACAUCUAUCAUUGGUUGAAAAUCCCUUGAAGAACAAAGGAGUGAUGCUACUGUGCCAAAUCCUGAAACAUCCAAACUGUGUCCUGGAAACACUGAUGCUGUCACAUUGCUGUCUCACCUUCAUUGCCUGUGGCCAUCUCUAUGAAGCCCUUUUGUGCAACAAGUUCCUCUCACUCCUUGACCUGGGCUCAAAUUUCCUGGAAGAUGCUGGAGUGAACAUUCUGUGUGAAGCUUUGAAAAAACCAGUGUGCACCCUGCAGGAGUUAUGGUUGACUGGUUGCAGUCUCACUUCAGCCUGUUGUGAGAGGAUCUCUGCUGUCCUUUCUUGCCAGAAAAAUCUAAAAACCCUGAAACUGGGCAACAAUAACAUACAAGACACAGGCGUCCAACAGCUAUGUAAAGCUCUGAGGAAUCCUGAAUGUAAAUUACAGUGCCUUGGGUUAGACAUGUGUGAGUUUACCACUAGCUCUUGUGCAGACCUUGCCAUGGCUCUCACCAAAUGCCAAACACUGACCAGCCUGAACCUGGACUGGAUGACCUUUGACCCUGAUGGACUAGAGCUGCUGUGUGAGGCUUUGAAUCACAAAGGCUGUACCUUGAAGGUGCUGGGACUGGACAAAUCUGCAUUUUCUAAGGAAUCACAGAUGCUACUGGCAGCCGUACAAAAGAAAACUAAGCUGAAUAUAUUGCAUUAUCCCUGGAUCAAAGAGGAAAGAAAGAAGAGGGGUGUUUGUCUGGUGUGGAACAGCAAGAAUUGAUCUGAAAACUUUUUUCUCUUCAUCAUAAUCCUCCUAUAUACCUUGUCCCAUGGUGCACACUUGAUACUGGGAGCUCAUUUCAGGGUUGUGCACAGUGUCCUGCCCUCAUCCAUCUUUAUUCUCACCACUCUGCAAUAUUUAGAUUAAAUGCACUUAAUAAAAUCUAAGCAUGUUUGAAAACA